UAAGUCUCUAAUCCAGAAUUUGAGGAAGUUGGGUAGAAUUAUGAUUAGAUGGAAAUCUGGUUCUUAUCUUUGUUACUUCUUUUUCUGGGUAUGUUAAUAGGUGAAACAUGUGUUAUAUCAUUUAUAUGUCAUGUUUAUUGUGAAUAUGCCGCAAAACAUGUAAUUUGUCUAAAGCCUGGAUGAGAUAUGUCAGGGUUUCAAUGGAGGUUAUUAACAUCUUAGAGAAGUAACAGGUUGCAUCUCUACCCAUUAUAGGUCAUCACCUCCAAAGAUACAAAAUGGGGAUGGAAGAAAUCUACAACUUCAUUUCAGAACAAGAAUGCCACCUCAUUUAUUCACAGGUGGGAAGGUUGAGGGAGAGCAAGGGACAGCCAUCCAUGUUGUCUUGCUAGAUGCAAACACAGGCGCUGUUGUGCAAACUGAACCAGAAUCAGCAGCCAAACUGAGUGUUGUGGUGCUUGAAGGUGACUUCAAUGAAGAAGCUGAUGAGGAUUGGACUAAAGAGCAAUUUGAAAGCUUUGAAGUAAAAGAGCGCGAGGGGAAAAGGCCACUUUUGACAGGGGAUUUGCAGAUGACUCUCAAAGAUGGAGUGGGAACUCUAGGAGAACUUACUUUCACUGACAAUUCUAGCUGGAUUAGGUGUAGAAAGUUCAGGCUCGGUGUAAAGGUUAUUCCUGGACACUGUGAGGGAAUCCGAGUGCGUGAAGCUAAAUCUGAAGCUUUUGCUGUUAAAGACCAUAGGGGAGAAUUGUACAAGAAACAUUAUCCGCCUGCCUCACAUGAUGAAGUUUGGAGAUUGGAUAGAAUAGCAAAGGAUGGAGCACUGCAUAAGAAGUUGCGGAAGGCUGAUAUUGUAACAGUUGAAGAUUUUCUUCGGCUUCUUGUGAGGGAUCCACAAAAAUUAAGAAAUAUCCUUGGAGGUGGAAUGUCCAACAGGAUGUGGGAGAAUACAGUGGAGCAUGCUAAGACCUGCGUCUUGGGUGGAAAGCUUUAUGUUUAUUACACUGAUCAAACUAAUAACACUGGUGUUGUUUUUAAUCAUAUUUAUGAACUCAGAGGCCUCGUUGCUGAUGGACAGUUCCACUCUUUGGAGUCACUCACUGACAGUCAAAAGAUUUCAGUGGAUUCCCUGGUGAGGAGGGCAUAUGAAAAUUGGCAUCAAGUGGUAGAAUAUGAUGGCAAAGUCCUCAACUCCAUUGCAAGCACUAAGGGAAUAAAAGCCUUGGCUGCACUAACAAAUAAGAAUAACUAUUUCGCAGAUCACUCCAACACAACUACUCAGGACAGGCAGCAAUACAUCACACCUGAACCAAGUCAACAGAUCCAGAACAACAACCACCACCUGGCUGUUCCUCAGUUGAUUGAGUUUCCCUUUGUGAGUUCUGACCAGAAUGCAGUAAUGGCGCUAAAUAAUCCACAAGCAGCAUUCGCUAGUAGCAUGAAUUACAUGUCAACUGGAAAUCCUACGGCUUCCAUUUCUGGUUUUCAGGAAGAUUGGUCUCAACCAAGGAAUGGACAGGGAUUGGAAGACUUUUUUGCUGAAGAAAUUAGAUUUAGGAGUUCAGAGAUGUUGGAGAGUGAUGACAUGCAGAGAAUGUUAAAGACAUUUGGCAUGGGGGUUGGCAUGGGGACUGGUUUUGGUCAUUCUAAUGAGGCGUCUUAUGCAUGCAACAAUCCCUUUGAUCAUCAGAUAAACCAUACAUAUGGGCAGGAACGCAACAGGGGCACUGGGAAGGCAGUGGUGGGCUGGCUUAAACUGAAAGCUGCUUUAAGAUGGGGCAUAUUUGUCAGGAAGAGGGCUGCAGAGAGGAGAGCUCAGCUUGUUGAGCUCGAUUGACUUUGAAGCUUGGAAGGAGCUUUUGCAUAACUCCAGGUUUUGUUUUCCAUGCCUAUGUUUUGCAGGCAAUCUAACAAAGCCAACUAGAAAACCAAAAAUAGCAAAUAAUUUCUGUAUAUGCAAGUUCUCAUCUAGUUUUUGGUGUAUUCCCUUUGUUUUAACAGGUGUGAUUUCAUUCUUCCACUCUCAAUUAUCUUAAUUUCUCAAUUCAAAUGUGUUGGAUACUUGCUGGUGAGUAAUUAAUUAUGGAUGUUAAG